GCGGAGCGGAGAGGCGGCCAUGGCGGCGGGGAGCGCCAUCCAGAUCCCCAGCCGGCUGCCGCUGCUGCUCACCCAUGAAGGCGUCCUGCUGCCCGGCUCGACCAUGCGGACGAGCGUGGACUCGCCGCGCAACAUGCAGCUGGUGCGCAGCCGGCUGCUGAAGGGCACCUCGCUGCGCAGCACCAUCAUUGGCGUCAUCCCCAACACCAGCGACCCCACGUCCGACAGUGACGACCUGCCCUCGCUGCACAGGAUUGGCACUGCUGCUUUGGCAGUUCAGGUGGUUGGUAGCAACUGGCCCAAGCCACAUUAUACACUGCUGGUUACGGGCCUCUGCCGGUUCCAGAUCCUGCAGCUGCUGAAGGAGAAGCCGUACCCUAUUGCAGAAGUAGAGCAAUUGGAUCGACUCGAGCAGUUUACAAAUCAGCAUAAGUCUGAGGAGGAACUUGGAGAGUUGUCAGAACAGUUCUACAAAUAUGCUGUGCAGUUGGUUGAGAUGCUGGAUAUGUCUGUUCCUGCAGUUGCAAAGCUGAGGCGUCUUCUGGACAAUCUGCCUAGAGAAGCUUUACCAGAUAUACUGACUUCAAUCAUUCGUACAUCCAACCAAGAGAAGCUUCAGAUCCUAGAUGCUGUUAGGCUGGAGGAAAGGUUCAAGAUGACUAUACCAUUGCUUGUUAGACAAAUUGAAGGACUGAAGCUUCUUCAGAAAACAAGGAAGCACAAACAGGAUGAUGAUAAAAGGGUUGUAGCUAUUCGUCCAAAUAGAAGAAUCAAUCAUAUUCCAAGCACUGCAGAAGAUGAGGAGGAGGAGGAAGAUCACGAUGAUGUUGUCAUCCUUGAAAAAAAGAUUAGAACUUCCAGUAUGUCAGAACAAGCUCUUAAAGUUUGUCUUAAGGAAAUAAAGAGAUUAAAGAAGAUGCCUCAGUCGAUGCCAGAGUAUGCUUUAACACGAAAUUAUUUGGAGCUUAUGGUAGAAUUGCCAUGGAACAAGAGUACGAAAGAUCGCCUUGAAAUUCGUGCAGCUCGAAUUCUUCUGGAUAAUGAUCAUUAUGCUAUGGAAAAGUUGAAGAAAAGAGUUUUGGAGUACUUAGCUGUCAGGCAGCUAAAAAACAACCUCAAGGGACCCAUUCUUUGUUUUGUGGGACCCCCAGGAGUUGGCAAAACCAGUGUGGGAAGAUCAAUUGCAAAGACUUUGGGUCGAGAAUUCCACAGAAUUGCUUUAGGAGGUGUCUGUGAUCAAUCUGAUAUCCGAGGCCAUAGGCGCACCUACGUUGGCAGCAUGCCUGGCAGAAUAAUCAAUGGACUGAAGACUGUUGGGGUUAAUAAUCCGGUGUUCCUUUUAGAUGAGGUUGAUAAGCUGGGGAAGAGCUUGCAGGGAGAUCCUGCAGCAGCCUUACUAGAGGUCCUGGAUCCCGAGCAAAACCACAGUUUCACUGAUCACUACUUAAAUGUAGCCUUUGAUCUGUCCCAAGUCCUUUUCAUAGCUACAGCCAAUACUACAGCAACUAUCCCACCUGCUCUGCUCGACAGGAUGGAAGUCAUUCAGGUUCCAGGAUAUACACAAGAAGAAAAAAUUGAAAUUGCUCAUAGACACUUGAUUCCUAAGCAGCUUGAACAACAUGGCCUUACUCCGCAGCAGAUACAGAUUCCACAAGUAACCACUUUAGACAUAAUUACAAGGUACACUAGAGAGGCAGGAGUCCGCUCUCUGGAUCGAAAGCUGGGGGCUAUUUGCAGAGCAGUGGCAGUGAAAGUGGCAGAAGGGCAGCACAAAGAAACAAAGCCUGAUCGUUCUGAACUGGGUGAAGGAGAAGACUGCAAAGAACAUGUCACAGAAGACGCAAAAUCAGAAUCCAUCAGUGACACGGCUGACCUGGCUCUGCCACCUGAAAUGCCAAUUUUAAUUGAUUUCCAUGCUUUAAAAGACAUCCUGGGGCCACCCAUGUAUGAAAUGGAGGUAUCAGAACGCUUAAGUCAACCAGGAGUUGCCAUAGGCCUGGCCUGGACUCCGCUGGGAGGCGAGAUCAUGUUUGUGGAAGCCAGCCGAAUGGAUGGGGAAGGGCAGCUCACUUUGACUGGUCAGCUGGGAGAUGUCAUGAAGGAGUCAGCACAUCUUGCAAUCAGCUGGUUGCGCAGCAAUGCAAAGAGAUACCAGCUCACUAAUGCUUCUGGAAGUUUUGAUCUCCUUGACAACACUGACAUCCAUCUGCACUUCCCAGCUGGAGCUGUCACAAAAGACGGACCAUCUGCUGGUGUUACCAUAGUAACCUGCCUUGCUUCCCUCUUCAGUGGGCGGCUGGUGUGCUCAGAUGUAGCCAUGACAGGAGAAAUUACACUAAGAGGCCUUGUUCUUCCAGUUGGAGGAAUUAAAGACAAAGUGCUGGCAGCGCACCGAGCUGGACUGAAGAGAAUUAUCAUUCCUCAAAGAAACGAAAAAGAUCUUGAAGAAAUUGCACUGAAUGUACGGCAAGAUCUGACUUUUGUUAUGGCAAGCUGUCUGGAUGAAGUUCUUAAUGCAGCUUUUGAUGGAGGAUUUUCAGUUAAGCCCAGAGUUGAGCGUUUGAAUAGUAAACUUUAAGUUGACAGGCUGAGAUUACUUUUAUAUCAAAUUUUAAUAGAGAAUAGUAACUAUCAACUAGAUAUGUAUAUCUAAUAUAAAUAUGAGCUAAGACUGCUAGUUUAAAACUGAGCGUAAAUGCUAUCAAAAUAAAAAUAGUGCUUUAGCAGUUAACAACCCAAACCCAUAUUUGCUGGGUAUGCUGCCUUUUACUACUACCAGCAGAGUCUUGAAAAAAAUACUUUUUUCCUGAUAGUGAGAUUCAAGCAUGAGUAACCUAAUGCUAUUGAGAAACAAUUCCUUACCUUAUCUGGUAUGUAGUUAUAUCAGUGUCAACAGCUGAUGACAUCUGCAAAGACUUCAGGCCCACAGCCAGAGAAUGGUACGCAAUUUGUGUAUUCAGAGAACACAAACUGCAGCAAACACAGCACAGAACAGCAAGAGGGGUAAUUAAUAAUGGGGACGUUAAUCAAAAGCAAACUGAUUUGGUGCACAGGUGUUUUCUUUUUAGUAAGUAACAUUGAGGCAAUCUGUUAAGGAGGGGUGGCAUCAGAAAAAUCAAGAUUUUGGAAUUAGUAAGGAAACGCAUAGAAGAUUUAAGGAUAACAGAAGCAAUAGUUCUAGUUUGUAGCAGUGUUGAUGUAGGCAUCAUUUUUUCAAACCUUAAUUAAUUACAGGAAUACACUCAUUUUUGCCUAGGAAGGGUAAUAAUGCAUUAAAGUUCAUGUGUGCAAAGUUGUACUUACAGCCCUGGAAGUAGGUGGCACAUACUCUGAAGACUCAUAGAAAAGACUGAGCCUGGUAACACGUGGGAGGGGCAAAGUACUCCUCCUUAAUUCUUACGUGAUGCAAAAGUAGGAACCCUGCUGAUUCUAGGAUACUUACGUUUAGUGUUUAGACUCUAAAUGCUACAUCCAUUUAAACAAUACCAAUAAAACUACUGGAUAAUUAAAUUUUAUUAGGUAGUGCACAUUAAUAAUGUUAAGAUUUGAGAAAGUGUUUAUAUCCCCUCUGAGUCAGUAGCUUUCUCUCUUCAGUGUUUAACACAGGAAUUUAACUUUAUGGAAUCUGCAGUUCUGAGUUUUUCAUUGUUUCGUAUGAGGGUAAGCCACAAGAGAAAACCUAGUCUCUAGUAUUCUGUUCUUGUCUCUUGCUUCUGUUCUUGUUAAUUCUGAAACGACCGAAGUAUCCUUAUGAAAAUGCAAAUUGUAUCAGUGACAGAAGAAUCCUUUGUUUGGCUUUAAUUUCAAUUGGUAAAAAGAAAGCUGAUUUACAUGGAAUAUAACGGUAAUUAUAUUAAUAAAUUCAAUGGGUAUUUUUUCACUAGGUUAUAAAAACUUUCACAGAAGACUUAAUCUAAUAAAAUGAUUUUUUAAAAAAGCAA